GCUCCAGUGAUGAGUCAGUGUUUUGUUGUUGGAUUUUGGCAGCAUAAAUAACAACAGUUUGCACAUCGAGGAAACAGUUACGAUAUUUGCAAUGAAAGGUGGCACAUUUCGCAACACGCAGUGGGAUCCCACGCUCUUGACGUCACAGAUUCUGUCAAUGCAAUUCUGCGUCUAUUUCUCCCUUGGUCUGCUAGUCUUCGUGGCCAAUAAGUUGGCUGGCGACAAUUAUACACUUGACCACAUUUUCGAGUACCAUGAAAUACAUAUAUACGAUCUGGGUGGUCGUUUGGUGAUCUGCGCCUUUGUCGUAAACGCUUUUGUAGCAUCGCUGGCCUUGUGGUGCAUUGUACGCCGUGCCAAGCUCUGCCUCGACUUUAGUUGCACGUUCCAUUUGCUGCACCUGCUCAUCUGCUGGUGGUACAAUCGCUCGUUUCCAGCAAAUGCCUCUUGGUGGCUGUUGAACGUUAUCACAGCGACCAUAAUGUGCAUUGGCGGUGAGUUCCUUUGCCUGCAAACCGAGAUGAAGGAGAUUCCGGUCGGGUAUGCGGCGCUUAACCAAAAAUCGGACGUUUGAGGGCUACCACGAAGCCAGACAAACAUUUGAAUGUGAUGCUAGCAAAGCCACCAAUUACUCUUAAACAUACGAAUGUGUAAUUUAUUUUUAAUAAUAUAUGUAUAGUUAAGCAUUCAAUUUAAUAGAAUAUAUAUCCGAUGUAACUAGUGCAAUAUCUGAUAUAUAAAAGGCGCACCACGCUUGAGUUUCAGCUGCUUCUCAACUGGCUCUGGCGGCAUAAAGAACUCCAGCUGUGGCGCAGACUCCUCAAUCUCACUGCCAUUAUUCCGCAUGAAUCCGAAGAGGUUCCAAAAAUGCAGUUGACGCGGCACGAACUGUCCAUAGGUGAACAUAAAAAAAAACGUCAAGAUCAACGAAAUGAUCAAUAAUAGCGACCAGCAUUGGGUGCUUGGUGUCUUCAGCAUGAUGCUUGGGAAUUAACUGAACCUCAUUGAAAAAGCAUUUAGAUCAGAUGCGAGUACUACCAGCGAGUUCGCGUAAACAAAAAAAAGCAGCCAACCAACCACCUUUGUAAAUAACAACAAAUAACUUAAAUUUGUCAAAUUUGUUUUUGUGCAAAAACAAUGACUGAACAACAAUCAACUUCUCCUCUUCGUGUCGUCUCACCACGAUCAUCAGAAUGCAACAACCUAAUCAGAUGUUGCCUAAUCUAAUCUAAUCAAAUUAGAGACUCGACUGAAAGUUAGAUGUCAGAUUCUCAGUCCACGAGCUUUUGCUCAAUUCACUCUACUAAUUGGCGCACAUCCUACAUCUCAAUUGGCGAUUAGGUUAAUUACGAAGAUGGCUUAGCUCAAAAAGCUUUCGAAUUUUGUAUAAAAGUUCAACUACCACAUAGGAAAAUUCCAUAGAUCAAAAAUAUCCCACAUAUGGACAUAACGAUCAUAUGAGAACAGACUUUCUAGUGGAAUUUCACAGCGGUUCAUAGGUCCUGCUGUUUCUAAAGAUAAUACUAUAAGUUGUCUCUAUUUUUUUGUGUUGAAUAAAAAUCAAUUUAUAUCCAUUUGCUAAAUUAUUCGAUUUAUUUUUAGCAAACUUGUUUUUUUUAUGUUUUGUUUAAUGAUUUCUCUUGUAUGGUUUGUUUUGUGUGUGGUUUAAAUUAUAGUACAUAAUUAUAUAUAGAUUUAUAUACCAUUAAUUUUAAUAUAUAACUUUACUAGUUACGCUUUUCAUUAAAAUCAUCGAUUAAUCAAUUCAAAUUGAAGUACAUGCUCAAUUGUAUCGCUUAUCGAUUUAAUAAUUCUGUGCAUCGAUUUCAAUAGUUGAAAGAGAUAAUUAUCGAGAUGGACAAAAAUUCAUAAAUUGCCUUUACUUAAUAUAUUCUCUUCUCGCUCGCCUUCUUAUGGGUUUCACUCUUAGCUUUAGCAUAUUUGUAGUUUGUUGUUGGGGAGCCAGUUUUGUGGUUGUUUGUGGUAUUCGCAUCAUGAUUUAUAAACUACUAUUUAAUAUUUGCAGCAAUUUAAAGUUGUCGUUUGUUCAUAUAUGCAUACAUUGUAUAUAUGGUAAUUUUAAACAAUUUUUAUUAUUACUUGUAAUGCGUUUGCUAUUGUAAAUGGGUACGUGAGUGUGAGUGUGUAAUGUGCUUGUGUAUAUGUUGAGUUUAUAUAGUAUUUGUGGUUGCGCUGCACACAGACAGUUUCUCUUUCACAUUUGCUGCCCCUGUAGUAUAUAUAUAAUCGACAUAUAUAUAUAUAGAUACAUAUAAUAUGCAAAUAUAAUAAAGUUGUUAUCGGUUCAAAAUGUUCGGUUUCUGCUUCUGUUUCGGCUCUGUUUCCUUUUUUUUUCUCGUUAAUCUAUUUCAUUUCUGUUCCUUCUUCUGUGCUUUUGUAGUUUAAUUUUGUUGUUUGUGGUUGUUGUUAUUAGUUAAUAGUGACGAUAGUCGAAAUGGUGUUGACGAUGCUGUUGCUGCUUGCCUUGUUGGCUGGCUGGCCUUGCUCAUUGACCCCACCAAUCGGGCCCGUUGUUUGAGUGCGAUCCACCGCCGCCACCACCACCAUAGGAGCCACCGUAGGAUCCGCCACCAUAAGCACCACCGCCAGAGCUUCCUCC